GUUCAGAAGAUAAUUAUUUGGCCAAAAUAAGCUCUUCUUUGCUCUAUAUUUCUGAAAUCUUUCAGUUGAGAAAUUUGGAGACAAGAGAGUUGUUGCUGUUCACCACUACUUAGAAGGGCCUUUGGAAUGAAAGAGUAAAGUGAGGAAGUUCCAGGUGUGGAGUUCUAAUUGUAGCAACAAUAAUAUUUAUUUUGGGUUAGAAUCCUGUGCAAUGGAAAUUUAGUAAUUAUGGGUAGGAGGAAAAAUCAGGACUAUUGGAAUCAAGUUACAAAAGUUACAGUAGAAGAAAAUGGCAAGGUGAAGGAGAAGGUGAAGUGCAAGAGAUGUGGUGAUGUGUUUGCUGGAGGUGUUUCAAGAAUUAGACCCCAUGUAGACCAAAUACCAGGAAAAGGCAUUAGCGUAUGCACCGUUGAUCCAGUUGAUGAAGGAGUUCACAACAAUGUGGCUUCCGGUUCAAGUAUCCCACAAGAAGCUAUGAAUGUUGCCAAUUCAUUGCAAGUUGAAGAUGCUUAUCAACCAAUUGAUUCUAGUAUUGGCGGUUCAAUUAACCAUCAAGAUAACGUUGAAUCCAAUUAUUUAGUAGAAGUUGCUCCUGAACUGAUUGGUACUAAUAUUGGCGGUUCAAUUAACCAUCAAAGUAACGUUGAAUUCAACUAUUUUGUAAAAGGUGCUCCUGGAAUGAUUAGUACUAAUAUUGGUGGUCCAGUUAAUCAUCAAGAUACUGUUGAAUAUGGAGAUGCUCAUGGAAUGAUUAGUGAUGAUAUCGGUGGUCCAGUUGAUCAUCAAGAUAAUGUCGAGUAUGGAGGUUUGAGGCACAAUGUGAACGAAAACAACAAUGUUACUGGAGCUUUCGAAGAGGAGAUUAAUCAAUUAAGUCAAAUCAUUUCUGAUCUACAACGUGAUGAAGAUGACAUCAAGGGACAAUUACAAUGGUUGGAAUCUCGAGGCAAAAAGCGCAAGAGAGAAGACGACAACUGGUUACAUGAACUAGAAGGCUUUAAAAGAAGAGCUGGUCAUAUGAUCCAGUCUCGGUCGCUAUCAGGUAUAGAGAAAUUCACCCAAGAAGUAGAAAAGCAUAAUCAAUCAAAGCCUUUGGUGUUGUCAAAUGAAAUUGUUGGUUAUAGGUUUGUGAAAAAAUUCAAGAAGGUGUGGAAGCUUCUAGAGGAUGACCAAGUACUCAUCAUUGGCAUAUAUGGAAUGGGAGGAGUGGGUAAGACUUUUCUAGCUAAAUAUGUGAAAGAUGAAAUAAAAAGGAAAGGAACAUGGGAUGUCUUUGAGUAAUGA